AUGCGGAAUGCCGUAUCGUUUAUACGCGUUUGCGCCGCUGCUGUCCAGCGGCGCUGCAAUCUUGUCGUACUGGUGACCGUCGUUGUCACGCUAGCGCUCAUGGUACUGUACCUCGUGUACGACGUUAAUCUAACACUUACACCGAAGAGAAAUUUCCUGCAGCAGUAUCGCAAUACAGCUGACGAUGAAUCAGAGCCGAAACAAACGAGUACCGCGGGUGUUGUGAUAAACCAAGGGUUCCGCUUUGUUUAUACCACUAUCGGGCUGUAUCCGCGAUAUCAAACGCCACCGCCGGGUGAUAUGGGACUGCCGGUUACGGUGAACAUGUCCAACGACCAGAUCGCCGUCUUGGCACAGGAAGGAAUCCAAACGCAAGGCUUCAACCAAUACUUCUCCGACCUGAUGUCCGUUCGGCGCAGGUUGCCCGAGAUACGUGAUGUCUGGUGUGCACAACCGGGACGCUUUCUAGAUAACCUGCCAGUGACGUCGAUCGUGAUCGUAUUCUUCAACGAAGCUUGGUCGGUUGUUUUGCGGACGGUACAUUCGAUACUGGACCGAUCGCCGGCACACCUGGUGCGGGAGAUCGUGCUGGUAGAUGACUGCUCCACCUUAGCUAACCUUAAAACCCAACUUGAGGAAUACUUUCGACCGUAUCCCAAGGUGCGAGUCAUUCGUGCCCCUUCUCGGUUGGGGUUAAUUCGGGCAAGAAUAUACGGAGCCAAAAACACAACGUCCGAGGUGAUCACGUUUCUAGAUGCGCACGUGGAAUGUACCGUAGGUUGGUUGGAGGCACUGCUCGAUGUUGUUGCACGUAACUCCACCACUAUUGCCAUUCCUACAAUCGAUUGGAUUGAUGAGAAAAGUAUGGCACUUGUUGCCAACAAGUCGAUUCUCUACGUUGGUGCAUACGAUUGGGAUCUUAACUUUGGCUGGUGGCACCGCACAUCUUUGAAAAAGAAGUACGAGAACAAAAUGGAGCCGUUUGAUACACCCGCCAUGGCUGGAGGACUGUUCUCCAUCAACCGGACGUUCUUCGAACGACUCGGCUGGUACGACGACGGUUUCGAUAUCUACGGCAUCGAGAACAUCGAGCUAUCGAUGAAGAGUUGGAUGUGUGGUGGAAAAAUGGUGACCGUUCCCUGCUCACGAGUCGCUCACAUCCAGAAGAUUGGUCAUCCUUACAUGCGUAACGAAAAGAAGGACGUUGUGCGUGCGAACUCCAUUCGUCUAGCCGAGGUGUGGAUGGAUGAGUACAAACAGGUAAUCUUCGACAUUCACGGUAUUCCACACUAUCUGGAGGAGGAGUUCGGCUCCGUUGCGGAACGGAAAGCGGUCCGAGAGCGUGCUGGUUGUAAGGACUUUCGCUAUUACAUCAAGAACGGCUUUCCAGAAAUGAAAAACCCCUACAUAGCAGGCGCGUUCCGCGGGGAAGUACACAGUGUACUGCUGGGAAAUGGGACCUGCCUCGAAUAUCGUCCGGAUUCUCAUUUCCUCGGAAUGGCACAGUGUGAUGGGAAGCAGAAGACUCAGUACUGGACACAUAACUACUACCAGGAGAUAAACAGCUACCGUCACUGUUUGGACUAUACGGGCACCGAUCUCGCACUGUACGGUUGUCACCGAUCACGUGGCAAUCAAGCGUGGCGUGUGCUCACUGACACGAACCAACUGCAGAGCAUCAAGCACGAUCGGUGUCUCGCGGUAAACACGCAAACAAAAGUCACUCUUACCAUGCAAAUAUGUGAUCCAAAGAAUGUCGCCCAAAAGUGGACCGUAAGCUACAUCGAACUAGACGUGUCACCAUUUACUUGA